AUGGCGGACGACGGACUUACCAGAACUGCCGCUUUGUCGCAGGCCGCCGUGCCGACCGAAGCUGCCCAGCCCGCGGUCGAUGCCAUGCAUGACGGCGCCCUGGAGGACACUCACAAAGCGCUCGACGACGUCACGAGUGCGGCGGCAGACCAUGAACAGACUCCGCAAGAGCAUCUUCACAAGCCAGCUGACCACAAAGCCUCUACUUCCUGGAUCUGUCGCUUUCUACCAUCGACAGAGUAUGUGAGAUCCAUGGAGAGUUCGUACCAUUUGGGCAACUGGGUUCGCGAUCGCCACACCAACGAGAAGUCCUGGGAAGCCAUGAGCAUCUACGUCCGACUUGGAAUGCAUCUGCUGUACUAUGGCACGUACCAAGAGUCCCUGUUGGCGACGAAGCGUGUGAUCAACAUGCUGACUGCGCAAACGGUGAAGAUGGGCGCGCAAUACGAUGAUCCCGCAUCGAAAGCACAUAUCGUGCCUUUCAUCCAGAGCUUCGGACUGCAGGAUAGCCUACACGAACUGCUGGAGCCGGACCCGAAAAAGUAUGAGACGUUCAAUCAUUUCUUUGGCAGGCGACUCAAAGAUGAAGCUCGCCCGAUUGCAGAACCGGAGAACGAACAUGUAACGAGCAGUCCUGCUGAUUGUCGACUGACUGCCUUUCCCGACAUUACGACUGCCACCGAGUUCUGGGUGAAAGGUGCCGACUUCACGAUGGAAAGGCUGUUCCAGGAUGCCCAGCUGGCUGAGAGAUUUGACGGUGGCAGUAUGGUGAUUGCGCGGCUGGCACCGCAGGACUAUCAUCGAUGGCACAGUCCAAUUGAUGGGACGGUAGUCAGCGUCAAGGACAUCCCAGGCGCAUAUUACACUGUCAAUCCACAGGCCAUCAACGAGCCGGGCAUACUCAACGUGUACUGCCAGAAUCGCAGAAGCGUCAUGCUUGUGGAGCGGAGUCCGGAUAAGGUGCCCGUGGCCAUCGUCGCCGUUGGAGCAAUGCUUGUUGGCAGUAUCAAGUACUUCGAUGGAUGCGAACAGCCAGGUGCCGUCAUCAAGAGGGGUCAGUGCUUGGGUGGUUUCUUCUACGGUGGUAGCACAGUUCUGGUCUUCUAUCCUCGACGAGGUGUUGUUCUCGACAAUGAUCUCGUGCGAUGGUCAACUGAUCCUCAUGGUCCGUGCGAGACAUAUGUGCAGGUCGGGUGGCGGAUAGGGACGUCGAGGAAGACACAUUGA